UAGGGAUCAACGGAAAGAAAGGCUUGAGAAGAGAAGAAAGGCAAAAAGAAAUGACAAAACUACAGUAAUAAAAAGAACAUAACAGAAAGGAAAAGGAAGAACAAGAGACACAAGAACAGCGCCAGUCCAGGACUGCUUGGUGCCGGUGUCCAUUUUAAGCAAGCAUAGAAGCACGUGGAGGGCAUUUGGGAGAGUCGCUGUGUUCUUUUCUCAAGCCCCCGGCAGAGCCACCAUCCCUUUCAACGUAGGCCCCUCGCCAUACUUAUUUACCAAAGGAUAGGUGUAGGGACCUUUCUUACCACCAACAUGCACUGCUGAGACCCAUGUGCUUUGAUCAGGCUCAGGUGCGAGAUCUCAUUUUCUUGGGUAGCUCAUCAGCCAUGUCGACAUAAUCAUGUUGUGAAAGGUUGGUUCAGUUUCCCUCAAAAUCUAAGAACCAAAUCAAGUGCGAGCGCUUCCUUGAAGCGUCUUCGCUACCGUCCUACCAAGAAGCUUACUUAAGCGACUAGCGGCCUACUUUAGCGACUAGCUAAAAAAGUCAUUGUAGUUCCUCCUUGUCGUGGAUCUCGUUGGUCUCCUCGGUCAGGCAAACAGUGGAACAGCGAACUCUUCCCAAAACUUGAGUUUUGCUCAUUUCGUAUUUGGGAGUUGGAGACGAAAAGUUGGAGAGAACAGGUCAAAAGUUGGAGCGUUUCAGAACUUGAGAGAGUGCCAGGCAGAGUUGAACCGUCGGAACCUGUCGGAACCGUUGCACACGGAAAAGACCCGUCGGGAUUUGCCAAAAAGAAACGUGUGCGCAUCGCAAAUAGCUGGAGCCACUUGGCCCUUCCAUGUUUUGGCAAUGGAGGUCAUCAUUCUCCACGAGUGUCUCCGCCUUCAAUCGCAAUCUGCCUUCAAUCGUUUCUGUUUUCAGGAACCUUUCCGAAAAGGCGAGGGAAGGGCCCGGCAAAAGGAUCAGGAGGCGAUCGGUGUGGGACACUUGGGCGGGUCUUCAACCCAGCGGUGGGGCAUUGGAACCUUGCGAUCUACAACCACAACCUGAAGAAGUGGUUGAAGAAGCUACCAGUAACAAGUGCAUCGCUUGUAGUAACAAGUGCCUUACUAGUAGUAACAAUGUUUGCUAUUAGAAACAUUCAAGAAGUGGUUGAAGAGAUGUCGUUGGUGUGGAUGGCGCCUCCCUUGUGUGUACCAGUUCACAUGUCCAACUCGGCUCAGUACCGGAGAGGGGCAAACAACUUGGCCUGGUGCGCUUACUCGAAGUGGACUGUUUGGGCGCAAAUCCGGGAGCGCCAAGCCAUCUUCGAAGUGUUCCACCACAGGGCUUGGAGCAAUUUCUCCGGCUGCUUGGUCGUCUUUCGGGCUGUGGUGGGGAACAAGGAGGUACUCAGGUGCAGAUGGAUUGCUCUGAUUGCUCGAGCUCCCAGUUUGGAAGCGUGAAGUUCCUUGUUUGGAUUCUUUUUCAAUUUGCUUUGCUUUGCAGCUGUGUGGCUCACGACCCGCCACAGAGCGACCGAGCCAAGGAGACAAUGAAAGAAACUUCGACAUAUUUGAAAAAUCGGGCCAGCGUGCUCUUUGGCCGCCCAAGCUUUCAUCGGACAGCAAAUGCACAAGAAGCUGGCUGCUUCGAUAGUUGCUUUGCGGCUUUUCUGGGCUAUCCAAAUCUUUCCAACAGCAGUACUGCCUCCUACUAUCCAGAGAAGAAGGCCUUGGGUCCAUUGCCUCUACCUCGACAAUGGGCUGAAAUACCAUCCGAGAAGCGUGGGAAUAUCCAGAUUGAGGUGGUUUCCCAUGCCAAGGAGACACCAAAAGGCUGGAUCAACCAGGACUCGGCCAUGGCUGUGCUUCCUGCCGGGUGCUCCGAAAACGGAGAUGGUGGCGGUGGUGUCUUCCUCUUCGGUGUUUUCGAUGGUCACGGGCGGAUGGGCCAUGAGGCCUCUGAGAUUGCUGCGAGCCGAAUGCCUGGGCAUUUGAGCAAUCAGCCAGUCCAUCCCUCGCAGAAUCCGGGCAAAGCUUUGGAGGGUGCAUUUCGGAACACCGACGACGACAUCUUUGCCAGCAUGGGGGCUGAUGUCGAGUACAGCGGGUCAACUGGGGUGGUGGCGAUGUUGGACCAAGGCCAAAGAAUGCUGACGAUGGCCAAUGUGGGUGACUCCAGGGCGGUUUUGGGCCGCCUUGAAGGUUCAACUUGGUGCGCCAUCCCACUAACGACAGAUUUGAAACCUGACCUUCCGGAGGAGCGAGAACGAAUAGAACUAAGCGGAGGAACCGUUUGUCAGUUUCGCGAUGAUGAAGGAGUAGAGGCUGGUCCAUUCCGAGUGUGGGAUGGACCUGCUUGUGAGAAGCCUGGUUUGGCAGUGUCACGGAGUCUGGGGGAUGGUGCUGCCAGAGCUCUAGGUGUAACAGCGAUCCCCGUGGUAACAAAGCACCAUUUGCAACCACAGGACAAGUUCCUCAUCAUAGCAACGGAUGGCUUGUGGGACUCCCUUGACAAUCAGGAGGUGAUUCGCAUUGUGGCCAAAUUCCAGAAUAUGCCAUCCAUUGCUCUCAAAGCAUUGACGGAGGCUGUGAGACGGAUGGAGGGCGAUGAACUCUCUGACGACACCACCAUCCUCCUCAUCCGUUUUGCUUAGUCUAAAGGAUCGGCGCAUGGAUUUGCGCAUGGAUUGGUUUCCCAUGCAAAUUGCAUGGUUUUCAACUGGCGGUACUCUUUCUGACUCUUUCUAGUUCAAGUAGCACUCUGAGGGAGUACGGAGCCAACAAUGGGUUUCCAUAAAUUUGCUUAUUAUCUUCGUUUAUCCUCCCUGAAGCUGCAGUCUUGGAUGGGAC